AUGCAUGAUUUACAAUAUUUGAGUGAUAUAAAACUAGACAUGCUUGAUUUAACAAGCAAAUACACUCCAUUUAUGGACAUUACUAAUGACUGCAUAUGCGAGAAUAUGAAUAAAUUUUUCAAAUUUAUAAUUAAACUCCUUAUUAAUCUCUUAAUUAUACUGUUCUUCUGUGAAUUUUUAAUUUAUUACAUUGUAAUCUUUCAAUGUAAUUACAAAAACAUUGAGUCAGAAAAUAUUACUGAUGGCUUGAAAGCUGUGAUUCUAGCUGAUACCCAUCUUUUGGGACCAUUUAAAGGACAUCCAGUGGACAAACUACGUCGAGAAUGGCAAAUGAAACGAUCAUUUCAAACAACCAUGCAAAUAUUUAAUCCUGAAGUCGUGUUCAUACUUGGCGAUGUGUUUGAUGAAGGAAAUUGGGUAAACGACAAAGGCUUUCAGGAAUACGUCGAUCGUUUCCACACAAUAUUUUCGGUACCGGAUUCAACAAGGCUUUAUGCCAUUCACGGGAAUCAUGAUGUCAACUUCCAUUACUCUAUGCACCCUCAUUUAGUAAAUAGAUUUAAUGCCGCAUUUAACACAAGUUCAGUAAGUUUAAUAAGGGAAGUAGUCACAACAGUCGAUGGAAGAAAAGCCAUAAAUUUUGUCACACUGAACUCAAUGGCAAUGGAAGGAGAUGACUGUAAUUUAUGUUAUGAAGCCAAAGAAUCGAUUAAAUCAAUUAAGAAAAAGUUGGACCAAUUAAAAGCUAGAGAUCGAUAUACAAAGCCAUUUAUCAUGCAGCACUUUCCAACAUUCAGACCUUCUGAUGAAAAUUGUCUCGAAACAGACUCUGUAAAUAGUGGUAAAUUCAGAGAGAAAUGGGAAGUGCUGUCUAAAGAAGCAUCGAAUUUCAUAGAGAAAAUGCUUGAUCCACGAGGAUAUUUUAGUGGACAUUCUCAUCAUUAUUGUUUGCAUGAAAACGCAGCUGGCAUUAAAGAAUACACAUUAAGUUCAUUCAACUGGAGGAACGGUAAUAAUCCAAGCUUUAUGCUUGCUAUUUUCACACCUGAUGAGUACACUAUGUCAAAAUGUGAUAUGCCAAAGGAAACAACAGUAAUUAUAUGUUACAUUGUUGGAACUAUCUUGUCUAUAGUCUUUGCAAUCAUCGAUGAACGAGUGUUUAAUUAUUUAAGAAGGAAAAACUCGCAAAGAAAAGUCAAUAAAGAUUAACGAAC